GGGGCAGUCGCGUUCCCUCUACGUCAGUGCGCCAGGACAGCCGUGGAGAGCAGCGCGUUCUUCCCGCUGCACAGAUACUCUGGAUUUUCUUUUUUCGACUUUACAGUGGAUUUUUGUUUGUCUUUCGUUGGUAUUUUGAUAUUUUUCUAGAUAGAGCUGGAGUCGUGGAUCGACAUGCCUCUCAGGUGGUGUGUGGCUGCCGCGCUGCUGCUCGCCUCCUCUGCGGCUCCUCCGGCUCCUCCGGCUCCAGAUUGUGAUGGAGAUUCGUGUACGUCCUCAGCGGCUCCUCGGGGCUCCGGCUCCCAGUCCGGGCCCCGUGAUUUGUUAGUGGGUUCGUCCGUAUCUCAGCAGCAGUUUCUGAGUCGUCUGUCCGAGGUGGGCUCCAGCAGCUCUGGGGACAGCAGGCACCGCGACGCCGGCGCAGUGCUGCCUUUCAUCGGACUCACUUCCAGUUUGGAGCAGAGCCGCAGCUGUUGUCAGAAUGGAGGCACAUGUAUCCUGGGCAGCUUCUGUGCCUGUCCUGAGUUCUUCACUGGGAGGACGUGUGAAUAUGACCAGCGCCUAAGGAGCUGUGGGCCGGUGCUGCACGGGGAGUGGGUGCAGAAGGGAUGCUCGUACUGUCGCUGUGGCUAUGGCGUGCUCCACUGCUUCCCUCAUGUCUUCCAUAAGGACUGUGAAGAUUCAGACGAGGUGCGAUGGGUCAGAUCUUCAGCUGUGACCUGCAGGCAGCAGUGGGCACUGCUCUCUUUGUUCCCUCUCCUCCCUUUGUUUCUGUGGAGGACGCUUUAACUCCCUUAUCCCUCACAGCAGCACCCAUGGGCCCUGAGAGGAGAGAUGAGCCUGCUCCCUCUGCUGCGGAGGACACCUUAACCCCACCCCCAGCUUACUGCUGCAGUUGCUUGUACCCCACCCACAUCACGACCCAUGAACUGUGAAUGUCCCACUACAUACACACACUCUUACUGCAUCCAUGAGGUACACAUGAGAGGAGAGAACUUUGUGGACAUUUUGACCCACUGUGUGGCCUCCUCACAGCAACUAUGGACUCUGCCAGAGAGAGAUAUGAGACUACUCACUGUGCUGCGGUGGACACUUUGACCCCACUGAGUCACAUCAGCUCCCAUGAGCGCUAUGUGAGAGAGAACGGCAUGUGAUUCCUGGGGAUACUUUGAUCCCCCACCCCUAUUCCCUUCCCCCCACACACUUACAACUGUUCAUGUGAAGUACCCAUGAGAGGAGAGAACCACCUACUCCCUCUGAUGCCAGUGCUGCCUGUGGGGGUAUUUUGGACCCCCCUCCCCCCACAUCUACAUGGCUCCCAUGAACUCUAAUUGAGAGACAGAGAAGGAUAUGCUUUUGCUGGGGACACUUUGACCCCAGCCUUACUUACAGCAACACCAAUGAACUCUACAUGUGAGGAGGGAACAGUGUUCUUCCUCUGAUGCCAAUACUGUUCCUUUACUGUGAACCCAAAUCCUCCUGCUGCAAAUGCAUUUCACCCUACCAUCCACAAUACAUUAGGAAAGAUGAGGCCUCUGCUGCUAAUUCUCUACCACCCAAUGUCCCCCAUGUGCUCAACAUGAGUGGAGACAUCACUGUUUUUAGAAGAUUAGUGUCAGGCUGUUAGAGUAGACAUUACUAAACAAAGUACUUCCUAUUGGACAUGUGUGAGGGCUUCUGGGUAAUGUAGUGAGCAGUUAACUAUGAACUAUGAACCAUGUGGUGAUGUUCCCUUUUUUCAGUGAAGCACAACUGUUUUUUUAUUGUGUGUUUGCUGUUUGCACCAAUUGUCAGUGUGAUGUUUUUUAUUGUCAAAUGAAUGUUUCGUUAUCAUUAAAACCUUGUAAUUACUCAG